CGGCCCCGUGAGGAGAGAGCGAAACACGACACCCGAGAGAGGAACCGGGGGGAGGAGAAAGAGUAGCCACAGAGUACAGAAUGCUAGUGAGUGGAGGAAGAAAGAAAGUCUAAAGAGAGGACGACUGCUAUUCUACGGAACGGUUAUUUUAGCGAAUAUGUCAAACAACGGGGAAGAAGCGAUUGAGAUGGAGUAAACAACUCGACAGUUCGUGAAAGUAUAUGCAAACAAGGAAAGAAGGGUUUUCGGUUCGUGUGCUUGUCGGGACGGUUGACCGUGUUCCGCUGCACCUCGAACAGGACAAGGCGAAGUUGCCGUGGGACAAACAGCAGUGAGCUACAUCAACUGACUGCGAUUCGGGGAAAGUAACGUUACCCCGAUCGCUACAGUUGAGGAAGGGGGUAUUGGGAAAGAAAGUGGAAGCAAAGGGGCCCGCGAGUGGAGCAACAGUGGAAAGUUUAACGUUAGCCUGUUCCCCCCCUCGUUGUUCCAUUCCGAACCAAAGGAAAGGCUCAGAGGGAGACGACUUUUCCUUCCACAAACGCUACUGACUUGAGAUCCACCAAGCUCGCUAGCUAACGUAAACUACCUUGCAACACUCAAAAUGAAAACCCCCGGAGAUUCGGGGUUUGCCUUUCCAGACUGGGCCUACAAACCCGAGUCGAGCCCCGGCUCGCGGCAGAUCCAGCUGUGGCACUUCAUUCUGGAGCUGCUGAGGAAGGAGGAGUACCAUGAUGUCAUCGCCUGGCAGGGGGACUAUGGAGAGUUUGUCAUCAAGGACCCUGACGAGGUGGCCCGGUUAUGGGGGGCCCGCAAGUGCAAACCCCAGAUGAACUACGACAAGCUGAGCAGGGCACUCCGGUAUUACUACAACAAGAGAAUCCUCCACAAGACCAAAGGGAAGAGGUUCACCUACAAGUUCAACUUCAACAAACUGGUCCUGGUCAACUACCCUUUCAUAGACAUGGGCUCCACAGGUAGUGGUGUUCCUCAGAGUGCCCCACCAUUGCCUUCCGCAGCCGGAACUCAUUUCCGCUUCCCACCUUCCACGCCGUCCGACAUGCUUUCACCCAAUGAGGACCUGCGUAGCCCCGGGGGCGUGUUCAGCACCGUGGCUCGGCGCAUGGCGCGCGGCUCGGUCAGCGACUGCAGCGAUGGGACCUCCGUCAACUCUGAGAUAGAGGACGGCAACGGGGGAGGAGGGGAGGAGAGGGGGGGAGAGAGAGGGCUGAAUGGGGGAGGAGGGGGAGGAGGAGGAGGGUACAGGAGUAUGAUCCACCCCCGUUUGUCACAUGAGUCUCUGUUUAGGAUGUAUGGUGGAGCUGGGAACGCCCACCCAGGCUCCCGCGGCCCCCUGGGACACAGGGUCCACCCCGACAACUUGUCCCCCUUCCCCGUGUCCCCCCUGCCUGGCCCUGGGGGUGCAGGGCUCAUAGCCCCACCUCUGUCCCCAGCCCUGUCCUUGACCCCCUCUUCCCACCUGCCCUACACCCCGUCCCCCUCCCUCUCCCCCAUGUUAGGCUCCCACUUCUCCUUCAACCCUGAGGAAAUGAAGCGCUACCUGCAGGCCCACCACCAGAGUGUUUACAACUACCACCUCAGCCCCAGAGCCUUCCUCCACUACCCCAACGUCAUCAUUCCCCAGCCACACCGCCUCGCCCAAGACAAGAGAGAACUGGGCGAGAGGGGAGGAGCAGAGAGAGGAGGAGAACGCUCAGGUCUGAAUAGUCAUCGACAUCCAUCACCCCUGUCCCAAUCCCACUCUCCUCACCCUCACUCAGCCCACCCUCACCCGCACUCAGCCCACCCUCACUCGGCCCAUUCCCAUUCCCACCCCCACCCCAUCCACCACCCACUGCACCUGGGUGAGGAGCCGCCUCACCUCUCGCCCUUCAAGUUCAAGCUGCAGCCUCCUCCAUUGGGCCGGAAGCAGAGGGAUGGUAGCCAGGACCACCACCCCAGGCAGAGCUCACUGUCCUCGGGCUCAGGGUCCCUGUCGUCCUCCGGUCUGGGGUCCUCCCUGUCCUUCGGUAGUGACCUGAGCUCAGCCGGCGGGUCAGGACUCAUCUCCAUCUCCUCCUCCACCGGCUCCCUCAACAGCACCGGGCUGCCCAAGAUCAAGGUGGAGCCCAUCUCAGAUAUUGAGUCAGAAGAGGAGGUGGAGGUGACUGACAUCAGCGACGAAGACCCCGACGACCGGGGCGACGAGUACGACCUCUUCUCCCCCCGACACCCCCGGCCUCACCCCCACCACCCCAACGGGACCUCCUCCCACCCACACCCCCACGACGAGGACCUGGAUGAGGAUGUCUUCAAGGCCCCCGCACCCCCCCCUCCAGGCCUGCUGCCCUUCUUCACCUCCCACCCCCACCGCGGACCUCCCACCCUGAAGAGUGAGCCGGCCGAGCCAGGCGACACCCCCGCUCCCCAGUCCCCCGCCCAGGGGCAGACCAAGUGCAUUCCACUCAAGCUGCGCUUCAAACGGCGCUGGAGUGAAGACCAACGAAUGGAGGCCAUGGAAGAGCAGGACGACAAGAAAGUACGAGGGGAGAAGGAGCGGGAAAGAGAGACCGAGAAGAAUGGAGGGAUGCAGGAAAACGGGGCUAGCAGCGCCCCUAAUCCCCCAGCCCUGGGGGGGUAUGAGUGUUCCCUCCUGUUGGCUCAGAGGGGUGAACCAGGACCUGCACCAGGCCACCGCCCAACUGUCACUGGAGAACAAGGACUGCUGAUGCUGAUCCACACACACAUAGGGAUACAUAGAAACACUAAUGCUAGCAGACAGUGGUGGUUUAGGACAGUGUAAAUGACUCCUGAGGUCCUCCUGCCACUCUGACAGACAGACAGUUCUCUCCUAACUCAAACUAAACCUGGGCCUAAUCAAACUCCAAACCCUGAUGCAGUCCACACCCUCCUCCCAAAGCCCUUACCUUCUACUGUAACAAGACCCCUCCCUCAGAGACUUGUAGAAAAGAGGAGAGAGGGGACUUUUGGUCCAAGCAAGCCCAGACUCAGUGACUUAAACCAGGGGCAGAACCAGAGGGGACGCUACCCCCCCCUCUAGGGUUAGGCUCUUUCUCCUCAGGGGACCCCAACUCAGACAGCCCAACUCCACAGCCCUGCAGACAUGGAGGAUGAGAUUUCUCCCAUUUUAUUUUUGUAUAGAGAUGAAGACGGGGCUUCUACAAGUGCCUGUACCUGUAUCAGACACACUGAGAGAGAGAGAAGACUGAGGAGGAGAGCAUGGGUGUAAGAGUAUGACCCUGAAGAAGGCACAGUGAUGCCGAAACGUUGGUGAUUUACCCAAUAAAUGACCGGGUGUUUAUA